UUCAGAUGGCUUUAAAGAAGAAGACUCCCUUUGACAAACUUACCCUUUUUCGAGACGCUUCUAUUGCAUGUAGACUAUCUUCCUUUGUCAUUUUGUUUGGUUGGAUCCUUUGGUAGCUUUCAGAUGGAUGAAUCUGCAGAAUACACCAUAUCAUGGUUGAGUUUUUGUUGAACUUUUUGCAUGGGAUUUAAUGUAUCAUCCUUAAUCUCUUAGCAUUCGGUUGGUUCUACCGUUACGAAGGAAAGUUGCCUACACUCAAAAAGGUACACUGUGUGUGCAAGCAUGUUGUGCUGGUUUGGUGUGCUAGAACUAUGGAAUAUGUUGUUCAUCUUGGAGAUAUGCCCAAAAGUUAGGGUUUGCAUGGAAGUUGGAUUGACCUUGGUUCAAAGUCCACCAGGUGUUCUCAAAUCACUUUGGAUAUUUAGAAAGGAAAAGAGACCAAAAAGAAGAAGAAGAUGUCCAAGACUGACACCCUCCCAGCUGAGAAAAAGAACAAAAAAGAGAUGGAAUUUGAGCUGAAACUUGCAAAGGAGAAGGAAGAGAUACUUGAGCGAGAGAAGCAGAUGAAAAUCAGCAGACUUCUGCAAGAGGUGUCAGAAACUGAGAGGGAAGAUCUGGAAGAGUCAGAGAAGGUGCAGCAUUGGGUGGAGAGGCUCUGUCAAACCAGAUUAGAGCAAAUCUCCUCAGUUGAAAAUGAUUCUUCAGAGAUGUCUCCAACCCGUUCCCCUGCGUCAACUGGUCCCACCAAUCGGAGGUUCCCUGGAGGCUUGACCUUGGCCACUACUGACCUUGAUGACAUCAACUUAGAUGAUGUGGACUCGAGUCUAAGGCAACCUUUGAAAAGACUUGCCCCAACCCCACCUACAUCCAACCAAGCUCCCCCUCCCUUACCUCUCCCUCCACCCUCACCCCGUCUUUACCACACAUCCAACCAUCGCCCUCCAUCUCCAAGACCACAGCUCCCAAUGCAACCCAGUUCUAGACUAGCCCCUCAACGCCCACCUUCUCCACCAGCCACAAGAAUGCCCCCUUCCUCAAUAGGUCAUAGCCGACAACCUCCUCUCAACUCGCUAUUCUCCUCUAGGGGUCUGUCCUCAUCUCAGCCACCUCCCCCACCACCACCUCCUCCCCCUCCACCACCACCUCCUCCUCCUCCACCACCUCCUCCACCCCUGCACAUGGAGGACAAGUACCAUGUAGGGCUGUCCAACUAUCCCCGCUCCCCAAGCUUAUCCGAACAGGGAAGCAGGUUUGGGGACAAUGGUUACAGACAGAGAGGGGGCUUCCACUCUACCUUUCCCAGUGAUCUCUCACGCCCACCCAGCCCGAAGGCUGACCACAACAUGACGGUGAAGAGAAACACAUCUCAUGCUAGCAGGGUAUCCACCUCUAAUAAUCCACUGCAAAUUGCUCCCAGUCCUCCGAACCAGCGGAGACAGAUCAACCCUGUCAUGUCCAAACCCAUCAUGCUACCAAGUCAGACCUCACAUAGACCCACACUUCACUUUGAGACCAUGCCCCCAGAGAUGCUCAAACGGAUGGUCACAUACAACACGUCCUUUAAAUCCAGCAAACAACAAGUAACUUUCCGUCAUUACUUAGAAUUACAACCCCUCCUCUCUUUUUAUUUUGAGUGAAGUCUCGGCUGUCUGAGUGUGUCUAUUACAUUUCUAACAGUAUUUCCCUGGAGGAUAUUGGUAAAAUGUAUCCUUGACGUAAUUUUAAAACUAGUUCCCUUUCAAUACUGAAUGCCAUUUCAUCAGACUCUUUCUCCUUCAGUGCAAAGAUCAUCAAAAGACAAAUAAGAAUAUGAAGAAGCCUUCCUGCUCAUCAUGGAAGAGUCCCAGCAUCAGAUUAUGUCUCUGACUGCGCUCUCAGCUGAGUACAGUGCAAAAGGUUUCCCUGGUACUGUUUUCCCACAAAGACCAGCGCUCCUCAUCAUGUGGUCUAUACAACAUGACAUGACCUUGUCAGCCUAAAACCUGACUCUUCUGCCCUACUACGGGCUAUUAGCAGUUUAUUUAGGGCCCUUAUUCCUGACUGCCCAUAGGCUGGGCUUGCAGGGUGGGUUCUUCAUUCUGCACUUUCACCAUGGCACUAUAGGAUUGCAAUCCCCAAAGUGUCAGCAACUGAUGCAGGGCGUGUGAUGUAUUGAAAGGGAACCAAGAUUAUGUUAGUAACCGAGUAGUGUAGAUUUUAUUCUGUUCUAUUCUGGUAAAUGUCUAUGUUAUAUGUUCUAAACAUCUCUUUAAACUCUUUAAAUGCUUAAGGACAUCAGGUGUAUGAUUGCAAUAUUGUGCAUAUUUCGGUUAAGACAUAAUAUUUUCACCUUUCCAUCAUACUGAACUGUUCUCUCAGUCACACUAAUAUAUUCUCAUGCAAUCAUACUAGUUUGCUGCAAUCAUACAUCUUGUUUGUGGUGGAAACAGCCUUUGAGUGGAUCUCAUAUACACUGCACAAAUGGGAGACUGCAACUGAUGGUUAUAUAAUAUCAGAUUGCCUCUGCACCAAAUGGAAUCUCGGUGUACGUUUUCAUCUUUUAUGAGGGAGAUCUUGACCAGAAAGUCUGCGUUUUUCCAUUUUGUUGGUUCUGUGGGUGUUAAAUAUGAAUUGAUUAUUUGUCUUGAUGGAAUACCAGUGGUUGUGAGUGUGUAGUGGAUUGGGAAAAGCCUUUAUAUUGUAUUUAAACAUCAUUGCGGAUCCAGAACCAACUGAAAAGCUACCAGUGAAUCCAACAAAGCAAACACAUCCUUGCUCUGUAUUAAUGUUUAUAGUUUAUAAUGUUUAUAAUAUGUAGUACAAUACUGUAGAUAAUGAUGCAAUGUGUUGUACUGUUUCUAAUAUUGAUACAUUAUAUUCUGUUUACAGUAUAUUGUUCAGUUUUGCAUUUAAAAAUAAAGUUACAUAUUUAGUAGAUUGUUAACAUGUUCAGAUGCUUUUUAUAGAAUGAUUUGAUGGUCAUACCAUCAAUUGACUUAUGGUCAAACUAAUAAGGCAUGUUUUUAAACACGGAUCUUUCUUUGCCUUAAAUAGUUCAUUAAGAGGAAGUAGAACCUGCCAUUGAUUGGAUUGGAGGUGACAAUUAUCCAGACAUAUAGUGUUCAUUUGUCUUUUCUUUGAAAAGAGUGAGCAGUAAUUUGUUUCUGUCACUGCUGUUUGCCACUUCACAUUUUUACUGACUGUAUACACCACUGUCUGUUUCUGCCUUCUGUU